AUGAAUAUUUUUUAUUUUCCUGAAAUAAAAUUUGAGCUAUGUGUUCUAUAUUUUCAGCUGGUUAGAGUACAUUCCCCUUAUAUCGCAACUUCCCAAUUACUACCAACUGUGCCUGCACUGAACCCUUAUGCAACAGUUAAAACAACCUUCUUCAUUACUUUAAAUCAGUUUUAUUCUACAACCCCUGCACAAUUUACAGUUUUCGGUAACGGAUCCAUGACACCUUUGCCGAUAAAAGCUGCGGAUGUAGUGAUAGCCGAGGAGCAACAUCAAGCAGUCGUUGCUGCCGCUGCAACUGCAGCUGCACAAUGGGCAACUGCAGUAACAAGUUUUGACGAGAAACAGGCUGAUCUCGCUCAAAGUCUUGUGAAUUUACAAUAUGCCGCAGCUACAGGCUCAGGAGGAAACAUGUUUCUCAGCAAUCCAGCAGCAUUAGCUAAGAUAACCAAACAUGACAACAUCGUCAGUUCGACACGGAUUUCACCUGUUUUACUAAAACAAAAUGCUCGGCGGUUUACGCCAUACUGA